AAUUGUGACAGAAAAUCAGAGACAUAGGUCUCUGCAGAAAAUGGACAACUGACGUGUCACAUUCACAAAAGUGCUUUAAAAAACAAAAUUCACCGGUUCCCUUGCAGUGCAAAUAUCAACAAUGGACUUUACUUAUAUUUUACUGACUUUCACACUAAUUUUAACCCCCACAGCAUUUGGGGAUGAGUGCAAGGGAUGCGUAUCGUUAGAUGAAUAUAAUUUCGACAAGAUUAUAACAAAAUUCAAAGUGGUAAUAGUCAAAUUCGACGUUUCGUACCCCUACGGUGAGAAAGAAGACGUCUACUCGCGACUAUCUUCGGAUGUAGCAGCGAACAAAGACUUGUUGGUGGCACGUGUCGGGGUGCAGGACUACGGCGACAAAAACAACGAGGUACUGGCGAAAAAGUACGGCAUUACCAAGGAAGAUUUCCCCGUGGUUCUGUUGUUCGUCGACGGGCGACGCGAUCCAAUUCCCUUCCCGGCGAAGAAGGAAUGGGUCAUAGACGAUUUUAGACAUUUCCUUAGAGACAACACGGAUAUUUAUAUCGGACUUCCGGGCUGCAUUCAGAGCUUUGACAAGUUGGCAAAAACCUUUGUGGCUGCCCCAAAAAAGGCCGAGGUACUGAAAGAAGCGGAAGCUAUGCUCCAGACUGAAAAGGAGGGCUCCACUGCAAUGAUUUAUAUAAAGUUGAUGAAGAAGAUUAUUGGCGAAGGUGCCCAGUUUGUACAGCAAGAACUCUUACGGUUGAACAAGAUCGUCAAGGAGGGCAAGAUCAAUAAAACCAAAAAGGAGGAGCUCUCGCAGCGUAUUAAUAUUUUACAUUCCUUCGCCGUUAAGUCGAAAGAUGAACUUUAGAGUGCUUUGGUUCACUGUACACGGGUUCAAAGUGCACAUGACUGAUUUUUGCAUUUAUCAUCCUUACGGAAUCAUGAAUCUCAUUUUGGGGCGUUUUUGUUUUGUUUAUGGGUCGAGAGGUUGUUGUUAUUGAAAUAAAUUGUUUACGUAAAA